AUGAUGGAAAAUAAGAAAUUCCUCUUCUCCUUGUUUGCUUUUAUCGCUACUCUGACUUCUACGCGAGGUUUUGCCUUCCAAGCCCCUUCCCUUCGAAAUUUGGAUUUUGCCUCCUCUCUCUGCAGCACGGCUUCUGAUUCGGAUGUUGCUGUGACUGAAAAGGGAUUGCUGAAGCGUGAUCGAUACGUCGCUACCAACCGAUUUGCUGUCCGUCAAGGCAAAGCCGCCAAGUUUGAAAAGCGAUGGGCCACCCGAAAAUCCAAAUUGGCUUCCUUGCAAGGAUUCAAAUACUUUCAUCUCAUGAGACGAGUGACCAUUAACGAAGAGGAUGGCACAGCAGUGUACGACGAAGGAACGGACGAUGGUAUGCAACAAGGAAACUAUGUCAGUUUUACUAUCUGGGAAAAGAAAUCGGAUUUUGGAGCCUGGCGUUCGGGAGAAGCCUUCAAGGAAGCUCAUGGCGGAACCUCCAUUGGUGCAUUUGUCUCAACAAUGGUCAGUUCGGCCAUGGUGCUGAAGGGGGCUCCUCGUCCCGCCUUUUAUGAUGGCUUGCUUCAACAGUCAUCAAAACCAGAAGCUCUUCCUACCAUUGUAGAUGGAUGGAGAUCGGUGGAGGCCGACGGUGUCAGCACUCUUCCUGCUGAAUGUUUUGUUGCCUGCAAUCAAUUCUUUGUACCACCUGAGAAUGCUAGUGCCUUUGAGCAACGUUGGGCCAAUCGAGAGUCCAGACUGAAGGACUGCGAAGGAUUCGUUUCUUUCUCUAUGCUUCGAAGGGAUGGACAAGCCAAGGGACAUGGUACUUCUCCAAUGGAUGAAAGCGAACCAACCUACCUUUCGACUACCAUUUGGAAGGACCAAGCCAGUUUCCAAAAAUGGCGCCAAGGAAGUGCCUUCCAAAAAGCUCACGGUGGUGGACCACCAAAAGAUAAGAAGGAUGAAUCUGAAAAGCCCGCUGCACCACCUGCACCCUUGUGGGCCAAGCCUCCACAGCCUGUCUUUUAUGAGGGGACGCUGGUCAUUUCCAGUGAAGAAGGAGCCUAA